AUGGUGCGGCGGUGGCGCCGCCAGCUGGAGGACCCGAGCCAUUACGGCCAAAGAGUAAGGGAAGCGUUGGGCCCGGUCCUCAAAACCUGGCUAGAGUGCCCGCACAUUUGGAUGACUUACAGGUCAACCCAAAUUGUGACGGGCCACGGCGUUUUCGGAGAGUUCCUACACCGUAUACAGAAAGCGAACUCUCCGGAGUGCGAGCACUGCGGAGCCGAAAUAGACACCGCAACUCACACUUUGGAGGAGUGCGAAGCGUGGGAGAGCGAAAGGGCAGCUCUCCUCGACGCGUUCGGGGAUAAUAUCUCUCUCCCGUCCAUCUUCAGACAGGCGGUAGAGGAUAUAAACAAGUGGCGCACUUUUCUCGCGUUCUGCGAGAAAGUCCAGAGCGCCAAAGAAGACGCUGAACGGCUUCGCCAGGACCAGCCGGCAGCAAGAAGAAGAAGGCGAGUCAGAAGCUAA